AUCGAUUGGCACGUUAGCGCCGCCGAUCGACAAUUUUUUAUUCACGUCAAUCUCUGGGAAUAUUUUAUCAUCCCUCUCGGGCGCUACCCGCCACGAACAAGUAGGCACCAACUUAAACACAGAGCGUACCGUUUUACGAUAGUUGGUCAAUCGGCGGCGGCGGCGGCUAUUUAGUGGCCGGGAAAAUAUUUCAAGUAAAUAAUAACGUGUAUAUAUAAAAAAAAAAAAAGGACGCGAUAUUGUGUGUGUGUGCGUGCGUGUUGCUUAUGUCCGUGCGUGCGUGUGUCUCGUUUGCCGUGAGUGCGCGCUUUUCUCUCUCAUCCGCGGGCCCGUUCUCUAUUCGGAUUUCUUAGAUUUCCGAUUAAAUUUAGGUUAUAAAAUUUGUUGAUACCUAGUCUUCGACGUUCUUGUUGAUUUUUUUUCUCCCCCCCCGAGCUUCCGAGCUUUUUUUGAUAACAGUGUUUUUGCGCGAAUUUCAAAACUUGUAUUCGGAUACUACUAACGUCCGUUGUCGCUUAACGUUUUUCACCCAGCAACUCGACCACCAGUCUCCAGAGCCGUUGUAAAAAUAUGGCGCCAUUUAUCCAUAGACAUUAAAGCCCGCUCUACCGUCUUCCGCCGCCGCUUUGGAAACCAAAACGAAAAACGGUAAUCUCUAACAGCAUUUUGGUUUCUAUGUGAAAUUACAUUCAGCAAUAAUGAGUACUGAAGUAGAUGAAGCACUAGUUACAAAAAUCGAUGAAGUAGAAACUGAUGGAAGUGCUGUUAAGCAAGAGCUUACCAAUGUAGACGUGUUGGUUUGUGGUUUAUGCCAUAUAGGAUUUCAUUUUGUGGAAGAAUUUCAAGAUCAUAAACUUGGAGGAUGUAAAAAAAUAUCUGCAUUUCGAGACCAAAAUACCCCGGAUAACAAACCCCAAAUUCUUGGAUUUUUAUUAUGGAAAAACUCUCAAACUAAACAAAUAGCAGAAAAUCAAGAAGCAUGGAAAGUUUAUCAAAUGUGGUGUGUUCUACCUGAAAGUGUUAAAAACUGUUGGAUACAAGCUGGCAAAACUAUAAAUGCUAAUGAUGAGUUAGCUAAAAAUAUUCCUGAAAAGGUUAUUAAACUUGAUCCAAGUCCAUCAAAUGGCAAUUUAGAAGAACAGCCACCAGCAGCUGUUAUGAAACCUAGUGGAGAAUUUCCUUCAGGCCAAGAGUUUGUAGUUGAAAGAGUUGUUGCCCGCCGCUUUAAUCAGAAAAAAAGACAAUUUGAAUAUUUAUUAAAGUGGGAAGGUUAUCCUCCUGAGCAAAAUACUUGGGAGCCAGCAGAUAAUAUGAGUGCUUGUACCCAUCUUAUAAAACAAUAUGAGGAUUCCUUAGUUAAAAAUGGUUCCAAUUCUUCCUCAGGAAAGAGACCUGGACGCCCACGAAAGAUUGAACAGAUCCAAAAUAUAGGUAUUGUUAAACCUAAAGUAUCUCCACAAGCACAAAAUGAACAAAUUGGAAUAGCAGGGAGACCAGUUCGUAGCAGUAAACAAAAAGCAUUGGAUCAAGUUAAAUAUUGGUGUGGUACAAUGAAAGCCACUGAAGAAGUUAAUGAUAGUAAAUCUACUCAACCUAACAUUCUAAAACGUGAUUACAUUAUGUUAGAAGAAGAUGAAGAAGACGAAGAUACUCCGGUGUUGAAGAAGAAAUAUUUUCAUCCUGAUUCUGAGGAUGAAGAAUGGGAUGAUCCAUCAUUGCAUAAAUCUAAUGCAUCAGUUAGUGAAAAUGAAGAACCUAACCAAAUUUAUGGAAAAGUUACUAUGAGAAGUCAACUAACAAUGGAAGAGCGCAUAAAGUAUAAUGUCUCAAGAAGUAUCACAAGAACAUCAGUAUUUCCUGUGUCAAAACGAGAAGAUAGGGUUAAAAAAAUUAAAACACAUCUAGCUCAUUUUAAUAAUUUUCAUAGGAAUUCUGAUGUAGGUUUCUUACAAAUUUCACCUCAUUUAACUCAAGUAACUUUAGCAUCAGUGAAGAGUUUAAUGAAAUUAGAAACUAAUCAAGUUCCACAAUCAGGCAUUUAUAUAUAUUCUAACAAUGAAGGAUUUACUAGAUUAAAUGUAAGUGACAAAACUCAAACUAUGAUGAUGAUGAUGAAGAAUAGGGAUGAUCCUAAAAAAGGCAAAGUAGUUUAUGCUGAAGGAGCUCAAGCUCUACAACCUCCAAAAAAAACUCUUGACCUAUCCAAAGCUAGAGAGACUGUACACCAGUCAUCUCCUUUAAUGAAAUCCUAUGCUAAGAAACCGUUUGUUCCAACUACAAAAAUCCAAGCCGCCGUAAAGCCUAGACCAUUUUUACACAAAGUUGCUGCUGCUAAUCCAGAGAUUGAAAAAUCAUUACUUCAGAAACACCAAGGUUCUCCAGGGAUGAAACCUCAUCAUAGUAAUAUGACAUUUGUUCCUAGGCGUACUCUUAAUAACAGAGUAGUCCAACAAGACGUUUCAAUUCCACCUAAUAGUCCAAAUAGACCAUUAACACUUUGUCCUACAACUGGAAAAAGAUUAAUGAAAGCUGAAGGCGAAAAAACGCCAGAACCUACUCCACCAUCAAGCCCUAAAACAAUGAUAACUAUUGAUGAAUCAUCUUUAAUGAGUAGACAACAUGACAAUUCUUCAUUGCCAACAAUAAUUAAAUUGGAACCUGGAACUGGACAUUUAGGAAAUCAAAAUCCUAUGAUGUCUAUUGGUGAACCUGAAAAAGUGAACAUAAAUCGUACACCUCAAAUGCAACAUCAUCAAACCAGACAAAGUUUUGUUAAUUAUAAAGACAUACCAGCUGCUUCAAACUCUGGUUUACGUAUGAAAAAAACUAAUUCAAGACCCAAUAAUAAUAGUAAUAAAUCGCUACAUGUGAGCUCUGGAAUGACUAAGUCCCAUAGUUCUCUAAACGUUCCAGCUCGAAAAAUACAACAAAAACAACAUCAGCAACAACAACAACAACAACAACAUGAACAACAAAUUUCUCAACCCUUCCCUGGACAACAGGCUAUACUGACAGAUGAAUCUGGUCGAUUAAUAUUGUCUGCUGAUGAUACUGAAAGUAUGAUUACUAUAACAGGAGAUGAUGGCAUGCUCUAUCAGGUUUCUGCUGCCCAGUUAGCUGCUAGUGGAGGUACAGUGUUAUUAGCUGGAAAUGAAGGAGACGGCCAACAGUGUGUAUACCUUACUGAAGAUGGUAAUAGUAUGAUGCAAACCAACCAAAAUCAAGAAGGGAUGUUAGCAUUGGAUGAUUUUGGCAAUACCGUAGGUCAACUUAUGCCACAUCAACUCGACUUAGGAAAUUUGGUGACUGAUGAUGCAGGAAAUAUGUAUAUGAAAGAUAAUGAAACCGGUCAAUAUGUACCUGUAUCAGCAACAGAACAAGGAGGUCAAGUUGUUAUACAAACAAAUGAAAACUUUACACAAGAACCUCAAGUUAUACAAGAAGAAUCAGAUCAAUUAGUUGCACAAAUUGUUGAUGCCGGAGAGCCAAAUCCUACAGGUGGUCCACGAAGAGUUGUGUUGCAAUUACCUGAUGGUAAUUUAAUGGUAACUGAAAUGGACGAAGAGCAGUUUGCUGCUUUAGAAAUGGAUAAAUAGUAUACAUUAUAGAAUGCUUUUGAUGGUAAACCUUCAAUACCAAUUUUAUUUUUAGAUUUUUUAACAAUAUUGAAUAACUCAAUUAUUAAUAUACAUUGUUAUAUUUUAUUUGUAUUAACAGUAUGACAUUAUAUUUUAAGAUUUUUAAAAUCUUUUAUGUAUGACUGAUUCAAAUUGAAGGAAGCAAAGAAAUGUUUCGUUAUUGUAAACAAUACUUUAUAUCUACUUUAGAUAUAUAUUUUACCUAAUAAUAAGUUAAUAUUAUUCCAAUGGGAUAUUAAAUAUGUAUAAUUACA